GUUCUCUCCACUUCUACACGUAGAGCCUCAAGCCAGCAGCACACACUGGAGAGAAGGGGGAGGAGGAGGCGCCUUUCUCUAUUCUUGUCUCCUAUUCCCUGUGCUAUGCAUACGCCAGCAUACACAAAAGCAGCGCCACCGGCAGCUGGUGCACCCACCCUGGCAACCUAACCAUCCUUAUAAUGAGUGCUGGGCAAGCAGACCACAGCCAAGGAAUAGACGGCGUGCAAGAAACUUCUGCUUGCUACACCUAGAGGAGCCCUGGAUCUAUCCUAGACCGCAGCUGGUAACCGGGCAUUUGGUUUACUUUCCCCUAUGGGUGCCGCAACUUGUGAUUGCUAUCCGUGGAUUGCACUGGCAUACACGUCACGGAGGUUGAUUACAUAACUGCAUGGUGUUUUUGUUUUUUUUAUUCCCCCUUGGUCUCUGCUUACGGACAAAUUAAUCCUGGUGACUUUGGAAGUUAAAUCACAGCGAUUGUGACUGAUGCUUACAAAAGAGGAGCUCUUUCUAGUUUUCUCCCUUGCCCAUGCCACUAGACCCAGGUUGCCUGAAUGGCAGGAUCAUGAAGUGUUUGACUUUCUUUCUUCUGCUUCCAGAGACCUUAAAGAAGUCUAAAAAGAGCGCCCGGGCUAACAGCAAGGUGCAAGCAUGCUAUGAGAUAGUGCCCCUGGCUCUCAAGAGGAAGAUGGCUGCAGAGCUUUACCCUGCUAGUGCAAACACGAAUAUCGCCAACAGUAAUAACGCUGCUGCGGUCACCGCCAAGAAAAACGCCCUCCAGAUCCAGCAGAGUGCACCGCCGCCGCCGCAACUACAGAACCUGAACAACAACAACGUCGAGAGUACCAACUGGCAGUCCUUCCACCCGACCCUGAGGGAGAGGAAUGCAUUGAUGUUCAACAACGAGCUAAUGGCUGAUGUACACUUCGUGGUGGGGCCAUCUGGGGCCUGCAAGAAAGUCCCUGCUCACAAGUAUAUUUUGGCCGUCGGGAGCUCUGUGUUUUAUGCCAUGUUUUAUGGAGAUCUAGCCGAGGUCAAAUCCGAAAUCCAUAUCCCCGACGUGGAACCUGCUGCUUUUUUAAUCCUUUUAAAGUACUUAUACAGUGACGAGAUUGACCUGGAAGCAGACACAGUCCUUGCCACGCUGUAUGCUGCCAAGAAGUAUAUUGUACCCGCACUAGCCAAGGCCUGUGUUAACUUUCUUGAGACAAGCUUAGAGGCCAAAAAUGCAUGUGUCUUACUUUCUCAAAGCCGCCUCUUCGAGGAGCCAGAUCUGACGUUGCGCUGCUGGGAAGUGAUCGAUGCGCAGGCUGAACUGGCACUGAAGUCAGAAGGCUUCUGUGAAAUCGAUCUGCCGACCCUAGAGAUUAUCGUGACACGGGAAACGCUAAACACUAAAGAAGACGUCGUCUUUGAAGCCAUCUUGAAUUGGGCAGAGGCCGAGUGCAAACGACAAGGCCUGCCGGUGACACCUGCAAGCAAAAGGAAUGUACUGGGAAAAGCCUUGUACUUGGUACGGAUUCCAACCAUGACUUUAGAGGAAUUUGCCAAUGGGGCUGCCCAGUCGGACAUUUUAACCUUGGAGGAGACGCGCAGUAUAUUCUUGUGGUACACGGCGGCCAACAAACCCCAGCUGGAGUUCCCUCUCGUUAAAAGGAAGGGUCUCGCUCCUCAGAGAUGCCACAGAUUCCAGUCGUCGGCCUACCGCAGCAACCAGUGGAGGUACAGGGGACGUUGUGACAGCAUCCAGUUUGCGGUAGACAAAAGGAUAUUUAUAGCGGGACUUGGGCUCUAUGGAUCGAGCUGCGGCAAAGCAGAAUACAGUGUCAAAAUUGAACUCAAAAGGCAAGGGGUGGUCCUUGCUCAAAACCUGACUAAAUUUGUCUCCGAUGGUUCUAGUAACACGUUUUCGGUCUGGUUUGAGCACCCUGUGCAGGUGGAGCAGGACACGUUUUACACCGUCAGUGCCAUCUUGGAUGGCAACGAGCUUAGUUACUUUGGGCAAGAGGGCAUGACGGAAGUACAGUGCGGAAAAGUGACUUUCCAGUUUCAGUGCUCAUCAGACAGUACCAACGGGACCGGGGUACAAGGGGGGCAGAUUCCAGAGCUGAUCUUUUAUGCAUGACGCAUUUCACCCCCUGACUACUGCUCAAAGCACACCGACGCCCCUCUUUGACACGAUCAGCCCGUUUCUACUCCACCCUGGUUGUCCUGCCACACACUGAACAAGGGUUAGUCGUUCCUAUGAACUGUAUGGAAUGUAACGCGGGGGCCGCCGACACUCCAACCGAAGGAAUGCUUGUAGAGUUUAAUCUUAUUUUAUUUAUUUAUAAGCUAUUUGAAUUAUUGAAACUGCGACACGCAGGGGAAUGGAAAAGAAAUCUGCACACAAUGUGCAUUUAUUUUGUAUAUAGGUAACUUGUUCAAAUCUAGCCUGCUCGACAGAGGAGCGGCAAUUAAAUAUGUUACAUAAAAGAUUUUUACUUAUACCCGA